UAGUAUAAUUUUGUACUUGUGCAGUAAUGUAAUAAGUAUAACUGUGUUUGUAGUGAGUGUAUGCAAGUUAUGUAUGUGAUGUGAAUGUUAUCGUCAUUUAUAAUCAUGUCUUCAUGAAGGAAACGGACGAAACCAUCAAUAAUGGCGUGUAUUGCAGUAUUGCAUUCAUUAUGGAGGAAUAAAAAUGAGGAAAACUUCAAAUCUGAGUCAGCAGUAUGGCGAGUUUACAUCAGAUUGAUGAAUAUUGAUCAGUAUUGUGCAGCACUAUGAAGCGUCAGAACGUUCGCACUCUUUCUCUUGUAGUUUGUACGUUUACCUAUUUGCUGGUCGGAGCGGCUGUGUUUGAUGCUCUGGAAUCGGAGACGGAGCGCAAACAAUGGGAAUUUCUUUCGGAUAUGAAAAGUUCCAUGAUGAAAAAGUACCGCAUGUCCCCCGAAGAUUAUAAAAUGUUGGAAAUUGUGGUCAUUGAAAAUAAACCGAACAAGUCGGGCCCGCAAUGGAAAUUUGCGGGCUCCUUUUAUUUUGCUACCGUUGUUCUCGCUACUAUAGGUUAUGGCCACUCUACUCCAGUAACAGUUGGAGGCAAAGCAUUUUGUAUGGCUUAUGCUAUGGUGGGCAUUCCACUAGGUCUCGUCAUGUUCCAGAGUAUCGGUGAACGUUUGAAUAAGUUCGCCUUUGUUGUUAUACGAAAAAUGAAAACUUACAUGGGUUGCAAGAAAAUAGAAGCUACUCAGAUGAAUUUAAUGUUCGCUACCGGAUUACUUUCGUCAAUUAUCAUUACAUCUGGUGCCGGUGUUUUCUCCACUUACGAAGGAUGGACGUAUUUCGAUAGUUUUUAUUAUUGUUUCGUCACAUUGACUACGAUUGGUUUCGGAGAUUACGUCGCCUUACAGAAUGAUCACGCUCUCAUGAAGAAACCUGGUUACGUGGCCUUAAGUUUGGUAUUUGUGUUAUUCGGAUUAGCUGUAGUUGCUGCUAGCAUCAAUCUUUUGGUAUUACGAUUCAUGACCAUGAAUAUCGAAGACAAUAGACGGGAAGAAGAAGAGGAAAUGCAGAAAAAUAUCAUCGUGGAUGAAGACGUUACGCUGACUUUGAAUGGUAAACUAUUGGCCGAACGUUUGAUAUCGGCGGGAAACGAAGAUUUCGAUCAAGUUUCCGUUUGCUCUUGCUCGUGCUUAGACUUAAGGAACCAUCGCAGAUAUACUAAUCAGUACGACCAAGGAUUAUUAUCAAUGAGUCCUAUGAACAACAUUAACAGAAACGCCAAUAACAUUAUUAAUAAUAACAAUAAUGCCGACAUCGAUAACCAAAACCAAGAUGUCGCAUCGACAUGUUCUUGGGCGAGAACCUCCAAAAUUGAGCUUAUGGUUUUGUGAAAUCGGUACCUACCUACCUAACUACAUACCUGUAAUUCUAAAAUAAUGUAAGACCAUUAGUCUCGCUCUUUGUGUAGAGGUAUAAGAGCAUGUAUGGACAUUGGAUUCAAAAUUUUAACGUGCUGAGCACUGUGAUGUUGAAACAUUAUGAAAAACUGGUGAUUUUGUUUAGAAAAAAUGAAAAAUUUGCAUUUUUCAUAAUUAUGCUUUGAGUAUCAUGAGUAUUAAAACAACAUCAAUUUUGAAAAAAAUCGAUUUUUCUGAUCUCAAAAUUUUUCUAAUUUAACCAUAGUGUGAAUGUGGCAAUGCCAAAAUAAAAAUUGUCACAUUGAAGUAGUUGUACGAUGAGGACGCUCGACCUUUGAAUAUGAUUCACUCGAUCAAAUGGGCCGUUUCACGUUCUCGUCAACUCGAUCGAUUUUCUUAACUUAUGUAAUUUUGUAUUUUAUAUUUUCGUUGAUCCGUAAUACUCAUGUCACACGUAGUACCUGUACCUUGUGUUUUCGAAUAUUGUCUUAAUGUUGUGUAAAUAAAUUAGUGUCUCGUUUGAAAA